AUGAGAAACCACACGACAGUGACCACCUUUAUUCUUCUUGGGCUGACAGAUGAUCCACCAUUACAGGUGAUCAUUUUCCUUCUCCUUUUCUUCACGUACAUGUUGAGUGUCACCGGAAACCUCACCAUCAUUGCGCUCACCUUACUAGACUCACAUCUGAAGACGCCCAUGUAUUUCUUCCUCCGAAAUUUCUCAUUUUUAGAAAUCUCAUUCACAACUGUCUGCAUCCCCAAAUUUCUGGUCAGUAUGGCAACAGGAGACAGGACCAUUUCUUACAAUGGCUGUGCAGCACAGCUGUUUUUUACUAUUCUUUUGGGGGCCACCGAAUUUUUCCUCCUGGCUGCCAUGUCCUACGACCGCUAUGUGGCCAUCUGCAGGCCCCUGCACUACACCACCAUCAUGAGCACCAGGGUCUGCAACUUGCUGAUCUUUGCUUCCUGGUUGUCCGGAUUCAUAAUAAUUUUUCCACCACUCAUUAUGGGUCUCCAGCUUGACUUCUGUGCCGCCAAUGCAGUAGAUCAUUUCUUCUGUGACGUUUCUCCUAUAUUGCAACUCUCCUGCACAGACACAAAAGUAAUCGAGUUAAUGGCGCUUUUGUCAGCCAUUUUGACUCUGCUGGUUACCCUGGUGCUAGUGAUUGUCUCUUACACGAACAUCAUCAGAACUAUUCUGAAGAUCCCGUCUUCUCAACAGAGAAAGAAAGCCUUUUCCACUUGUUCUUCUCACAUGGUGGUGGUCUCCAUCUCUUACGGCAGUUGCAUCUUCAUGUAUGUGAAACCUUCUGCAAAGGAGAGAGUGUCUUUAAAUAAAGGGAUAGCUCUGCUGAGCACGUCUGUUGCCCCCAUGUUGAAUCCUUUCAUCUACACCUUGAGGAACAAACAAGUGAAAGAGGCUUUGAAGCACGUGAUCAAAAAGAUGGAGGUGUAG